AUGUUUUUAUAUUUGACAGCAGUUUUAAGUUUGUUCAUUCUUAUUCUUUAUGUGAAUUUUAAAAAGCGUUAUGGCUUUUGGAAGAAACUAAAUGUGCCUUACAUUCACCCGACGUUCCCAACCGGAAACGUUUCAGAUUUUCUUCAGUCAUCGAUUCACUUCAGUUACGUCAUUGAGAAGCUUUACAGAAAAUUAAGACAAAAUGGUGCAACAGAUUAUGGUGGAAUUUAUUUCUUUGGUAAUCCCGUGUUUCUUGUUCUAUCACCUGAAUUCGCAAAGACUGUUCUUGUGAAAGAUUUUCAAUAUUUUAUGGAUCGUGGAAUUUAUUUCAAUGAGAAAGUUGAUGUGCUUUCUGCAAACAUUUUCUUUCUUAGAGGAAGCAAAUGGAAAACAUUGAGAGAAAAAGUUUCACCUACAUUCACUUCAGGAAAGAUAAAGCAAAUGUUUUUCUUAAUUCUCGACAUUGGUCAUCGAUUUCAAGAUUAUUUAAUGCCGUUUGGAAAUGUAAAGGCAGAUAUUGACAUUCGUGAUGUUUUAGCAAGAUUUAUGACCGACGUUAUUGCUUCUUGUGCAUUUGGACUUGACACUGAUUGUAUAAAUGAUCCAAAUUCACAAUUCCGGAAAAUGGGAAGGAAAAUGAUUCACUUUUCUAAAUCCAAAGCACUUAAACUUAUUUUCGCUUCAACCUUUCAAAAGCAAGCAACUUUUCUUGGCAUACGAUGGAAUGAUGUUGACGUAUCUGAUUUCUUCAUAAACGUUGUUAAAGAUACAAUUCGUUAUCGAAAGGAAUCAGGAACAAGACGUAAUGAUUUCAUGCAACUUUUGAUUGAUAUGAUGAAAGAUGAAAGCAAAGAGAAAACUUUUGAUGAUGGAAAAGUUACUUUGACGUUGGAAGAAAUUGCAGCACAAGCUUUUGUGUUCCUUUUUGCUGGCUUUGAAACAAGCAGCACGACAAUGGUGUUUUGUCUUCAUUUACUCGCACAUCAUCAAGAUAUUCAAGAUCAAGCACGUGAAUCAAUUAAGAAGAAUCUUGCUAAAUAUGAUGGAGUUUGGUGUUUUGAUGCAAUCAUGGAAAUGGAAUUUAUCGAACAGAUAAUCGAAGAAACAUUAAGAUUGUUCCCACCUGUUAGUGACAUUCAUCGAUGGACAUCGCGAGAUUAUAAAUUACCAAAUGGUUUUGUCAUUCCUAAAGAAAUCGCUGUAAUUAUCCCCGCACUCGCAUUCGCACGCGAUCCAAACCUGUUCCCCGAUCCAAUGAAGUUUGACCCAUCAAGAUUCACACAAGAAGCCAAAGCUCAAAGACAUCCGUUCAGUUCAAUUCCAUUUGGUGAAGGAAAUCGAAGAUGCAUUGGAAUGAGAUUUGGAAUGAUUCAAAUGAUUCUUGGAUUAAGUUUGUUACUUGAUAAAUUUCGAUUCAGUGUAUGCAAGAAGACAACAAAUCCAAUUGAAAUUGACACCGUCAAUCUUUUUCAUGGACCAGCUGGCGAAGUUUUCCUUAACAUUGAAACAUUAAAAUAAAUCAAAAUAAAGAAAGUUUCAAUUGUUAUUUUAA